AAGAAAUUCGUGUAUCAGUUCUGUGUCGGUAUGGUCGAGGGUCCAAUAAAAGAGCUCAUCCGAAGACCAACAGACGAAGAGGCAUCAGAGAUCGCCAGAAGAUUUGAGGCUGCAUACCACAUACCUCAGAUCAUGGGACUAAUUGACGGCACACACAUCCCCAUCCUUCCUCCCUCAGAUGGGUAUAGGGAUUUCGUCAACAGAAAAGGUUGGCCCUCAUAUGUCCUGCAAGCCGUCGUUGAUGACCGAUGUCGAUUCUGGAGCAUCAGCUGCAAAAUGCCCGGAAGUGCACAUGACUCAAAUGUGCUCAGCCAAUCGGAUCUCUUCAAAAGAAUGCAUCUGCUACCUCAAUGUGUGAAGACAAUUGAGGGCCAAGAAGUCCCUCUGCUAAUCAUUGGAGACCCUGCCUAUCCUGAUAAUAAUUAG